GAAAGCAAACACCUGUCCUGCCCCAAUCAAGAUAAAUUAGAGAGACCUCGAGUCCCCCGUCCAAUUCCCAGGAGACUCACGCAGCGCCAUGAUGACAGUGUUACCUCGCCUCGCCCUCUCCCUCCUGCUGGCGACCUCCUGCUGCCUCCUGGUCUUCGGGAGCGCGCCCACCCCCAGCCUCAGGUACAGCCAGUCUCUCUACCUCGACAACGGACUCUCCUUGGGCUAUUUUGGCUAUAGCGAAAUGUGCGAGACCGGGAGCUUCGUCGCCUACGCCGAAGCCUUGUUUGAGCCCUACUCCGCCCUGCACACUGACGAGACAGCCCUCAACGCCCUGAUACUCUAUUGCGCUGACCUGGAGACGGAUCGCAUAACAGGACACAUCACAUCCACCGCGGGAGAGAAGGGAGAACUACAGGGGAUGAAGGCAUGCCCCACUGGCUUCAUCACAGGGGUCAGGGCAAGGGUGCUGGAGGAUCAGGGAGCCUUUGGCGACGACGUGGCCGUACAGAACUUCCAGUUUUUGUGUGACAACAGCACCAUCAUUACAGCGAUCGAUGAGGAAGAAGACUCCAAGAUCCCCUUGGGCGUGUGGGGUAGCUGGGAUACCUGCUACAAUGGCACUGCCGUCUGCGGCCUGAUGACUCGCUUCGACGAACUUAACCUCUAUGCUGAUGACGGGGCCAUUUCCGAUGUCAUCUUACACUGCUGUUACCUCAGCAACACACGCACCAACUAGGGGCACGGAUGAGGCCAGACAAGGCCAGGCAUCUAUUUCCUCCUUUUAUAGAAUAACGAGAGUACUGUUAUGUCUACCAAACGCCUUCCCAUUGGAUUCAAGUUAUAAAUAAACAAUUCAUGUGUUA